AUGACACCCAUUCGCAUUCUUCUCUCCAUCUUCCUGUACGCGCUCUGCUGUAGCGCCCGUGCCCUCGGCCAUGAAAAGCUCAAGCCGCGCGCAGGCUCUCUCGAGCAAGUCACCGACUUCGGGGACAAUCCCACAAACGUGGGCAUGUACAUCUACGUGCCGAACAACCUGGCCUCGAACCCGGCAAUCAUCGUGGCUAUCCAUUACUGCACCGGCACCGCGCAGGCUUACUACACCGGCUCUCCCUACGCCACCUAUGCCGAGCAGCACGGCUUCAUUGUGAUCUACCCCGAGAGUCCCUACGAGGGGAAAUGCUGGGACGUCAGCUCGCAGUCGACGCUGACGCGCGACGGCGGCGGCAACAGCAACUCGAUCGCGAACAUGGUCACCUGGACGAUCGACAAGUACGGGGCCGACAAGAGCAAGGUCUUCGUGACAGGGCUGAGCUCGGGGGCCAUGAUGACGAACGUAAUGGCAGCAACCUAUCCCGACCUCUUCUCCGCCGGAAUCGUCUACGCUGGCGUCCCAGCCGGCUGCUUCCUCAGCACGGCGGACGAGAAAAACGCCUGGAACAGCACCUGCUCGCAGGGCGAGUCGAUCACCACGCCGGCGCACUGGGCCGCCAUCGCCGAGGCCAUGUACCCCGGGUACGACGGCGCGCGGCCCAAGAUGCAGAUCUACCACGGCAGCGAGGACGCCACGCUGUACCCGCAGAACUACUACGAGACGUGCAAGCAGUGGGCGGGCGUGUUCGGGUACGACUACGACAGUCCGCAGGAGACGAAGCCGGAUACGCCGGUGGCAAACUACGAGACGACGGUCUGGGGGGAGAAGGUGCACGGUGUGUUGGCGGGGGGUGUGGACCAUGGGAUUCAGAUCCAGGGCGAGGAGGAUUUGAAGUGGUUUGGGUUUGCAUAG